AGGGCUGUGGGGGUGGCAGCGCAGCCCAGUGGAUUGGGACUCGGCCGAGCAGGGCUCCAUUCAAAUCUCAGCCGCCAGAUCAGUGGGUGGUCUCAGAGGAGAAGAAGCUGGAAGUUAACAUAUCCUGGAGCAACCGGUGUGUAAGAAGCCCUGGGCUGAUUUCUUUCAUGUAGUUUACAUCAGCAGACACUGCUGGGAGGGGCAAAUGGAGUCACGUAACACCUCACUUUCCCCCUUCAACGGGACGGCACCCGACACGUCAGCAACAUGGCGGGGAGCCUUCCUGAUCAUCAUACUGCUCAUCGGGCUGCCGGCCAACGGCUUCGUUAUCUGGCUGAUAGGGUGGCGGCUGCGACGCCGGGGCCUGUCCGUCUUCAUCCUGAGCCUGGCCAGCUCCGACUUCCUCUUCCUCUGCGUCAUGGUCAUGCAGAUCAUGGAGACCCUGCAGGGUGACAACUGGGUGCUGGGUGCCUUCAUGUGCCGCCUGCGCCACUUCCUCUUGGAUUUAAGCUACCACUGCAGCCUCUUCCUGCUGGCUGCCCUCAGCGUGGACCGCUGCCUGCUGGUGCUGCUGCCCCUGUGGUACCGCUGCCAUCGCCCCCUGCGGCUCUCCACCUACAUCUGCCUGGGCACCUGGGUGGCGGCUUCCUUGCUCAGCAUCAAAGGCUUCAUCUUCCCCGACGUCAUCCUGUUUGAGGACGGGGUACUCGCCUGCUACAACGACCGGGGGAAGUACGAGUGGUCCCUGCGCUUGCUGGAGGUGCUGGUGGAGGGAUUCUUCCCCUUUGUUGUCAUGGUGACCACUCACGCUGUCACCUUGGCCCACACCUUGCGGCGCCACACCCGGGCCCCCAGCCAGUUCUACCGCAUUGUGGCUGCCACCCUGACCGUCUACGUGCUGCUCAACCUCCCGUUCCAGAUCACCCAGCUGCUCUUCCUGGUCGCCUUGGAGAACCAGGAGCUCUACAGUCGCCUCAUUCCCUUCCUGGUCUACACCGGCUACCUGAUCAACCUCAACACUAGCAUCAACCCCUACAUCUACCUCUUCUUCGGUUCCAACUUCUGCCCAAGCUGCAGCCACCCCAUGACCUCCGCCCUUGCCUCAGCCCUCACAGAGGAGCUGGGGAAGAGCCCCGGACACACACCUGAGGUGUCUUCCCCUGUCUAGCCCUGCCCACUCUACUCUCCCUGCAUAGCCCAGCUCUUGCUCUGGCACAGCUCCAGCCACCAAGUGAGGGGUCACUGGCUCCCCUGACAGGCCCUGUCUGCAUGGAGGGGGAAUGUGCACAAUGUGGGUUCACUAGUGCAAGGCCUUGUGUAAAUAGGUGCAAGGUGGGAGCUACUGGGGAAGUCCGAUCAGUGCUAAGGCCUUGUUUGCCCAGUCUAGUCAAGCUCCUGACACAUUCUCAGUAGGAGCAAACUGGGCCCAGCUCCCUGCAGAUCGGGGUCUGUGAAGCUCCCAGAACAUCUGGCCCUAGGCAGGGCAAUGCAAACACUGCCAUGACUGCAGCUGCCAACCCGCAGGUCCAGGACACACUGCAGCAAAGGGGCUACUGCCGCUUUGGGCCUAUCUGGGUUUGGCAAUCCUGAUGAUAGAUGUGGCUCCAAGGUCGUAGCGUUUUAAUGCAGUGGCUUUCUGCACACAUAUUCCAGAGACCCAGCGCUGAGGAUACCUCUGCCCCCCUAGCUCUGCCUCCUUGGCCGCCUGCAGCCUGACCAUUCUGACCUGCAGAUCUCACAAAAGUGGGUGCUUGGGCAACACAAGGGCAGAUGGGAUACUGUGUUGAUAAUUGCAAAGUAAUGCACAUGGGCCAUUACAUUAAAACGCCAUGACCUUGGAGCCACAACUAAUGUCAGGAUUGCCAAGCCCUGACAUGGCAAAAUAUAACCCCAACUCUACAGAAAAAAUGAUGGGGGUCUAAAAUAGCUGCUGCCACUCAAGAAAGAGAUCUUGGAAUCCUUGCAGAUAGCUC